GUCGACUCAUGCACAAACUUGCUGGACAAGUCUUCCGAUUCCCCUGAACCAACUGAGCGCCUUCCUCAACGUGGUUUCAGAGCGCUUUCUUUGAACUCAAAGAAAUUCAGGCGCCAAGUGCCUAUAAAGCAGAGUGUCAGACUGGCAGAACGUAUUCGCGCCAUGUCCAAUCCUGGUCGCUCAAACAUCCCUUCUCCCUUCGCUCCUGCUCCCCCUCUUCCCAACCACCGCUACCUUCAUGCGGUACUCUCGCGCUCCCCACACAGCUCAUACGUAAACAUCAAUGAACUUCCAUCCCAUGUCGCCGCCCAGACUUCGGCGCUAGUCCAUCCUCAGUCCUACGGGCUUCACUCCAAAUACGAUGAGAUUUUGGAGGAGCAGGACCCGACUGUACUCCGCAAAAUGAUCAAUGAUCAUCCCUUGUCGCCUAUUUGCAGCGAACCCUGCCCAGAGCAUAUGCAUCCUAUGCAUUUCGACAUGGACGAGCCGCAGCUUGGGUGUACCGACAAGACUCUUCAGUUCUACAUCAACACGGCAUUGGCCCAAGGUCGUCCCUUGGAUGUACGCGCAGGUGGCCGUUACCGCCGUAUCGUUGACGCGCAUGACCCAAUGGGCAUCGUUCCGGAGACUGGAUCUGAUUGGGAUGAGGAUGAGCAGGGUGGUGAUUAGUGAUUUUAUGGACACCGAAGUUUGUUUGUGCAGAAAAGUUUGGCGCUAGUUUUUUGUUUUGUUUCCAUUAAUGUACUAUCAGAGUGUACUACUCUAUGU